CAGAAAUCCAUCCUAAAGAAGCUGAGAAUUCAUCAUCAACAACCAUCUCCCUCAAGGCUCAAGGAAAGGAUGGCUAGAGCUGCUUUUGUUGCAGUUAUUGUGAUUCUCCUAUAUUGCCAAUUUGCAACUUCAGACACUCCCCCUUACAACAACAUCAAUCCCAUUUUUGACCCAUGUGAAAGAGUUGGUGUGUGUGGGAGGGGCAACUGUGUGCAUGUCACCAACAACACUCUUGGUUAUGUCUGUGAAUGCGAGUCUGGCUGGCGCCAGGCUCGCCUUCAGGAAGACGCCUUCCUCGCCUUCCUGCCUUGUGUCUUCCCUAAUUGUACACUUAACUAUACGUGCACGGACAGCAACCCGCCUCGUUCGGACGACUAUGAUUAUCAGGGGCGGACUAACAUAUCAUAUACAGACCCUUGCUACACGGCCAAUUGUGGAGGAGGAAGAUGCAACAUUACAUCUCCCUUCACACGUAGCUGUUUAUGCGAAGAUGGUUUUCAGAAUUUGCUCAAUUCCACUACCUUCCCAUGCUACAGACAAUGUGCAUUUGGAAAUGAAUGUGCUGGUUUGGGAUUCAGCGCUAACACAACCGUCAUAGAUCCUUUUGCUCCUCUCUCUAACAACGUGGCGAGGUUGAUGGAGAGAGUUGCAUUUGGUUGCAUCUUCACAGUGUUGAUUCAAGCCGCGUCCAACUUCUACUUCUAAACGCCUUCAAAUUUCCUAAUUUAGAUACUACUAUGAUUGAUUUUAAUGUUUAUUUAUCAAUUACAUCUCUUAUGUUUAUGUAAUUCCUAGGAAGAUCAAAUUGUUGUAGUAAUUUGUUCUCUAGCUAGGAGAAGGUGGUGGUUUUAUUUAUGUUUGGAAUUCAGAUUUGUUUUUAAGUAUGUAUUCACGAAUUGUUGUUCUUAGUGUAAUAGGAGUAUUAAUACUA